AUGGUUGAUAAAACAUUAGCAGAUGAACAAUACUACCAUGGAUUACUACCACGUGAAGAUAUUAAAAUGAUGUUACGUAAUAAUGGAGAAUUCAUCGUUCGAACAACGGAACCUGUUGCUGGACAGCCACGUGCUUUUGUCAUAUCCGUUAUGGUAGCGGAAGAAAAAGAAGAGUUUGGGAUUAAACACUAUGUAAUACAACGUACUCCAAAUGGUAAAUAUACAAUCGAGAAAUAUGGUUUUGAUAGUGUACCUGAAAUGAUCAAUUUUCAUUUAAAUAAACAUGAAAGUUUGGUAAAAAAUGCUGAGGUAUUCCUGACAACACCGAUAAUUCGUCAAACAUGGGAAUUACAUCAUGAAGAUGUGGAACCAACUAAAAAAUUAGGCGAAGGAGCUUUCGGUGAAGUACACCUUGGACGUUUACGACUUCGAAAUGGUCGUAAAGUUGAUGUCGCUAUUAAAUUGGCUAAGUUAGAAACACUUACUAAAGAACAGAUCAAAGAAAUUAUGAAAGAAGCUCGUUUACAUAGAACAUUUGAUCAUCCUAAUGUAUGCAAAUGUUAUGGUGUAGCUGCUGGCCAAGAACCAUUAAUGAUUGUCAUGGAAUUGGCAAAUAAAGGAGCAUUGGAUUCUUAUUUGCAAAAAAAUCAGGUUUCAGUGGAGCAAAAGAUGGAUAUGUGUUUGGGUGCAUCAUGGGGACUUGAAUAUCUUCAUUCUAAGCCUGUUUUGCAUCGUGAUAUUGCUGCACGAAAUUGCCUUUUUGGUGAUAAUAAGAUUAAAAUAAGUGAUUUUGGAUUAACACGUGAAGGUACUGUAUAUCAAAUGGAUCCAAGAAAACGAGUUCCGAUUAGAUGGCUUGCACCGGAAACGUUACGUACAGCUAUGUAUACACAGAAAACGGAUGUAUUCAGUUAUGGUAUUAUGUGUUGGGAAAUUUUUGCAAAUGGUCAAGAACCAUAUCCUGGUUUUACUGUUGCUGAAGUUAAUGUUCGAGUUAAAGAAGGUUAUCGAAUGCCAUUACCUGAAUGUGUACCUGCACAAAUGCGUCGUGUUAUCGAAGUAAAGUGCUGGUCAGAUAAUCCGAAUGACCGAUGGUCGAUGGCUGAAAUUUCUAGAAAUCUUCAACGAAUCACCGGUACACCUCGUCCUAAUUUUGCAAUGCAACAGCAACAAACGGAUGAAUUAGUACAAGCGGAAGGUGGUGAGAAAAAGAAGAAAAGUAUGUUAAAACCGAAAGUAAGAAAAAGUAAACAUAAAUCUGCUAAGCAUAAAGAAUAA